AGUAAAGUUCGCAUGCGCCUCGGGUUCAUUUGAUGGUGACUUUGCUUUCUAUCUUCAUUUAAAAAUAUUGGUCAGGUCGCUUACACCGGUCUUUCUCACCAGCAGCAGCGGCGUGGAGUGCGACAUUUUGCGGCCUGAAUUUUAGUGAGAACGACUGUGAUUUCUUCAAUUAAAGUACCCAACGGCCUCCCGCAAUGCUCGUCCGCCUCAUCAGCUCGAAAACCCUCCUCCGCUCGACCCAGCACAUCUCCUUCCUCCCUGCAACAUGCAACUUCUCCACAAAAAUCGAAUACAAACCAAUCAGAAGCGUCCUCGUGGCAAAUCGUGGCGAAAUCGCCGUUCGUGUUUUCCGCGCUUGUAACGAACUUGGAAUCAAAUCGGUGGCAAUCUACUCCAAAGAGGACAGAGCCCACAUUCACAGACUCAAAGCCGAUGAAAGUUACCUAGUGGGUGAAGGCCUACCACCUGUACAAGCCUACCUUAACAUACCCGAAAUUAUCAAAAUUUGUAAAGACAACGGCAUUGACGCUGUACAUCCAGGCUAUGGAUUUCUGUCAGAAAGGGCCGACUUUGCACAAGCUGUUAUCGAUGCCGGAAUUAGAUUCAUCGGACCGUCGCCAAAGGUCGUGCACCAGAUGGGGGACAAAGUGGCCGCCAGAGAGGCGGCUAUUGCUGCAGGUGUUCCUAUUGUUCCGGGGACAGAUGGACCUGUCACCACAAAGGAGGAAGCCAAGGAGUUUUGCGUCAAACACGGAUUACCUGUCAUUUUUAAGGCGGCUUAUGGGGGCGGCGGCCGUGGCAUGCGCGUCGUCCGCAAGAUGGAAGAAGUGGAGGAGAACUUCCAGAGAGCAUCGUCCGAAGCCCUAAGUGCCUUCGGUAACGGUGCCAUGUUUAUUGAAAAAUUCAUCGAACGUCCAAGACACAUCGAAGUGCAACUAAUGGGUGAUAAGGCCGGUAAUGUGGUGCACCUCUACGAGCGCGAUUGUUCCGUCCAACGGAGGCACCAGAAGGUGGUGGAAAUGGCCCCAGCCCCCCAUUUGGACAUCAACGUCCGUAAUAAAAUGACCGAUUUGGCCGUAAAACUUGCCAAACAUGUGGGCUAUGAAAAUGCCGGCACUGUUGAAUUUUUAUGCGAUGAAAAAGGCAAUUUCUACUUUAUCGAAGUGAACGCUCGACUCCAAGUCGAACACACGGUCACGGAGGAAAUCACCGGAAUUGAUUUGGUGCAAACGCAAAUCCGGGUCGCUGAAGGAAUGACGCUUCCGGAGAUGGGAAUCGAGCAAGAAAAUAUCAAACCAAACGGUUUUGCGAUUCAAUGCCGGGUGACCACCGAAGACCCAGCCAAAAACUUCCAACCGGAUACGGGAAGGAUCGAAGUGUUCCGGUCCGGUGAAGGGAUGGGGAUACGUCUAGAUGGCGCGUCGGCGUUUGCAGGAGCAAUUAUUUCGCCCUAUUAUGAUUCGCUCCUAGUCAAGGUCAUUGCACAUUCGAGGGACUUGCAAGCGUCGUGCGCUAAAAUGAACCGAGCAUUGAGGGAAUUUCGCGUUCGAGGUGUUAAAACUAACGUCCCUUUUCUUCUAAACGUGUUGGAAAAUCAAAAGUUUUUGAAUGGAGCUGUCGAUACUUAUUUCAUUGACGAAAAUCCGCAACUUUUUAAUUUCCCACAGACGCAAAAUCGGGCACAAAAAUUGCUCAAUUAUUUAGGGCAGGUGCUUGUUAAUGGACCACAAACUCCCCUAGCUACGUCAAGUAAACCGUCGGAUAUUAAACCGCAUUUGCCAGAGGUGUCGCAAGAGUACCUGGCGUACACCCCCGACCAAAAGCCAAACGCCCAACCACCGAAAGGCUUCCGUGACAUUUACAAACAGCAAGGUCCCGAAGCUUUUGCUAAAGCCGUUCGCAAUCACAAAGGCCUUCUUUUGAUGGACACAACAUAUCGUGAUGCCCACCAAUCACUGCUCGCUACCAGAGUCAGGUCGCACGACCUAUUGCGAAUUUCACCUUUCGUUACACACAACUUUAACCAGUUGUAUUCGCUGGAAAAUUGGGGCGGGGCUACGUUUGAUGUCGCUUUGAGAUUCUUGCACGAAUGUCCGUGGGAACGCUUGGAGGAGAUGCGAAAAUUGAUCCCGAACAUUCCGUUCCAGAUGUUGCUCAGAGGAGCAAACGCUGUCGGCUACACGAAUUAUCCCGAUAACGUUGUCUUCAAAUUCUGCGAGUUGGCGGUCCAAACUGGAAUGGACGUUUUCCGCGUCUUUGACUCUCUGAACUACCUUCCAAACCUGAUUGUGGGUAUGGAAGCCGCAGGCAAAGCUGGCGGAAUCGUCGAAGCCGCUAUUUCCUAUUCCGGUGACGUGAGCAAUCCGAACAAAACGAAAUACGACCUAAAAUAUUACUUAAACAUUGCUGAGGAACUAGUCAAGGCUGGAACGCAUGUUUUGGCCAUUAAGGACAUGGCCGGGUUACUUAAACCGGCAGCUGGGAGGAUGCUUGUGAGCGCUUUACGUGACAAAUACCCCGAUCUUCCAAUCCAUAUUCACACCCAUGACACAAGUGGUGCUGGAGUUGCCGCAAUGUUGGCCUGUGCUGAAGCUGGAGCUGAUGUUGUUGAUGUUGCUGUUGAUUCCAUGUCUGGGUUAACAAGUCAGCCAAGUAUGGGCGCAGUUGUUGCAAGUCUUCAAGGCACUCAACUCGACACAAAACUUGAUUUAUCGAAAGUGUCCGAAUAUUCCGCCUAUUGGGAACAAACCAGGACUUUGUAUGCGCCGUUCGAGUGCACGACGACGAUGAAGUCAGGAAACGCCGAUGUUUAUAUUAAUGAAAUUCCCGGAGGGCAGUACACGAACUUACAGUUCCAAGCGUAUUCUCUCGGUCUUGGCGACUUUUUCGAAGACGUUAAGAAGGCGUACGCUGAGGCUAACAUUCUCCUGGGUGACAUAAUAAAAGUGACACCUUCGUCAAAAGUCGUGGGUGACCUUGCCCAGUUCAUGGUCCAAAACAAACUGAGUCCUGAGGACGUCCUAAACAAGGCUGAAGAAUUAUCUUUCCCUAAAUCAGUAGUGGAGUAUUUGCAAGGUCACAUCGGGCAACCCUACGGCGGUUUCCCUGAACCGUUACGCUCGAAAGUACUUAGAGACAUGCCACGUAUUGAAGGGCGUCCUGGGGCGUCCCUUCCUCCCUUAGAAUUCGACAAACUCAAGACUGAUCUUAAGGAAACUUUCCCGCAUGCAACCGAUCGUGACGUCAUGUCGGCAGCUUUGUACCCCCAAGUCACCAACGAAUACUUAGCGUUUAAAGAGCAAUACGGCCCUGUUGAUAAACUCGACACGAGGAUUUUCCUCGUUGGGCCAAAAGUGGGCGAAGAGUUUGAAGUGACAAUCGAAAAGGGCAAAACUUUGGGCAUUAAAACACUAGCAAUGGCCGAGGAUUUGACGGAGAAUGGGGAACGUGAAGUGUUCUUUGAACUGAACGGGACGCUACGUUCGGUUCUUAUCAGAGAUAAGGAUGCAGGGAAAGAAAUCCACGUGCAUCCCAAAGCUGAUAAAGCCAAUAAGAAGCAAGUGGGGGCUCCAAUGCCGGGAACUGUUAUUGAUAUUAGGGUUAAAGUUGGGGAGAAAGUUGAGAAAGGAACUCCGUUGGUUAUUUUGUCGGCUAUGAAGAUGGAAACUGUGGUUCAGAGUCCGAUUGCUGGUGUUAUCAAAACUUUGGAUGUCAAUAUGGGGAUGAAACUGGAAGCUGAGGAUUUGAUGAUGACUGUUGAGUAAUUGGGCACUUUACCGUGUGUUAGGCUGUGUUAUGUCAUGUACAAAAAACAAACAUAUUUUUAUUACAUUGGUUGAGCCUUAACUGUUUCCUAUAAUGAAUUAUUUAUUGUUAUACAAUUCGAUUUUGUUGAUCUUGUUAUUUUGUUAUCUCCACUUUAUUGAAAUAAAGACUAUUUUUUACGGA